AGGCCAGCGUGGCAGAGCUCAUUUGCCAGGGCUUGGUAGACUGCGGGGAGCGCAGGCCACUGUUCCCGGGCAAAGGGCCCAGGGAGUCGGCGCAGCUGUGCCUGGCGCGAUUCCUGCGGGCAAGGAAUGCCUUGAACACCGAGAUUUUCGCCACAGCUGUGACGCAGGCCCGCGAGGACUUCCUGCAAAGAUGCGCCUUGCCGUUUGACCUCAAGGAGAUGACCGAGAAGAAAGUAUCACCUGACUAUGUUUGGACCUCCACGGAGGACGCCAAGUUCCAAGAGCUUUGCGCGCGCUUCGAUGAGGUCUUUUGCAAGUGAUGCCUGUGAGAGCGCUUGGGUUGCUUGGGUUGAGGCUGUGGAUGCGACACUUGCUUAGCUUUGC